UUUCUUAUUUUCAGGCUGGAGGAUUUGGAUAGAGAAGAGGGAGAAAGGGAAAUAUUUUUUUUAACUAGGCAGCCAUCUUUUAUUUUAUUGAGAGCAUAUUAAAAGAAAAUUAGCCUCACCUUCAGUAGACGUCUCCUCUGAAGCUGAAAAUCUGAGCAUUCAGAGGGUUAAGUUUCAGGACUUUAUUCCUGUAUCUCGGAUGUGAUUUUCUUGUUAUGCGGUAAAGAUGCCCGGAUCGCUAAGCAAUGAAGAUGAGGGGCAAGACGAUGUGGAUUUUGAGGACGAUGUGCCAGAUGAGGAUGAGGAAGGUGAACGUCGGAGGAGUGUUCCCCUGACACCCUUAGAGAGGUUCUUCUCUGAGGAUGAUUCGGUUAAACAACAUAAAAAGAAGAAACCCAGCAAGAUAAUGGAAGGAAAGGAACCCAAAGUUAAGAAAAAGAAGAAGAAGGAGGGGCUUCCUAGUGGGCUAGAUGACAUGUUAGACAGAGAGGAUCAUGGUCACAGGUCAGGAAGUGAGAGCAGCACCUUCAGCUCCCUGAAGAAGAAAAAGAAAAAGCCCAAACAGAAGAAGGAGAGGAAAACAAAACAGCGAAAGAAAGAUGAUGAUGAGGACGACGAUGAUGACGAUGAUGGAAACUUAAAGGAGCCAAAGUCAUCCAGUCAGCUGAUGCAAGAGUGGGGUCUUGAAGAUGUGCAGUAUGUCUUCUCAGAGGACGACUAUAAAACCAUAACCAACUACAAAGCCUUCAGCCAGUUUCUUAGACCUCUCAUUGCCAAGAAGAACCCCAAGAUCCCCAUGUCAAAAAUGAUGACGGUGCUUGGAGCAAAGUGGAGAGAGUUCAGUGCAAACAACCCUUUCAAAGGCACCUCUGCAACUGCUGUAGCGGCUGCUGUAGCUGCUGCUGUGGAAACUGUCAAUGUGGCUCCGCCCAUCUGUAUUAGAAGUAUCCAACAGAUCUCACCAUCUGGCCCAAUCAAAAAAGCCAAAACCAAAGAGGGAAAGGGGCCUGGUGCUAAAAAAAAAAGUAAGCCAGUGAAAGAAACAAAAAAGAAAGGGAAACAGAAGAAGUCCAAAUCGAAAGCAGGCCAGGGUGGAAAAAGGAAAAAAGGCUCUUCGAGCGAGGAGGAUUUCCUGGAUGACUUUUCAGACUUUGAUGACAUCAGCAUUCACAGUGCCUCUGUACGCUCAGACAGUUCAGCGGCACCCAAAAAGAAGUCAGCCCGCCAAGGACGAAAAAAAAGAAAAAGAGAGGAUGGAGACGGCUACGAGACAGACCAUCAAGAUUACUGUGAGGUUUGUCAGCAGGGAGGAGAGAUCAUUCUAUGUGACACCUGUCCCAGAGCAUAUCACCUGGUGUGUCUGGAUCCAGAACUGGAGAAAGCCCCUGAGGGCAAAUGGAGCUGCCCCCACUGCGAAAAAGAAGGCAUUCAGUGGGAGGCCAAAGAUGAUGAGGAGGAGGAAGACGAGGUUGCUGGUGAGGAGGAAGAUGACCACAUGGAGUUCUGCAGAGUGUGUAAGGACGGAGGAGAGCUGCUGUGCUGUGACACCUGCCCUUCCUCCUACCACAUCCACUGUCUCAACCCACCACUUCCUGAAAUUCCCAAUGGAGAAUGGCUGUGUCCACGAUGCAUGUGUCCACCGCUAAAAGGCAAAGUCCAGAAGAUUCUGCACUGGGCGUGGAGCGAUCCUCCUCUACCACCUGAGGUUCCCUUUGGGCGAGAUGGAGAGAAGGUGGAUGGUUUGGCCAAAAUGCCCCUGAAGGGUCGUCCAGAGAGGCAGCUGUUUGUGAAAUGGGCUGGGCUGUCCUACUGGCACUGCUCCUGGGUCAGCGAACUACAGUUGGAGCUAUAUCACUCAGUAAUGUACCGUAACUACCAGCGGAAGAACGACAUGGACGAACCACCACCAUACGACUAUGGCUCUGGGGAGGAGGAACUUAACAGUGAGAAGAGGAGGAGCAAAGACCCUCAGUAUGCAGCCAUGGAGGAACGAUUCUACCGUUACGGCAUCAAGCCGGAGUGGAUGAUCAUUCACCGGCUCCUCAACCACAGUUUUGAUAAGGAUGGAGAUGUACACUACCUGAUUAAGUGGAGAGAUUUGCCGUAUGAUCAGUGCACCUGGGAGGCUGAUGACUUUGACCUCCCAGAUUAUGACAGCUUUAAACAAGCCUACUGGGACCACAGGGAUCAUGUGCUCGGUGAAAGCCAUCACCCCCUGCUGUUCAGAAAGGGAAAGAGACUCAAAGAGGGAGGAAAGAGGAGAGAACCUCCACCAGACACUCCAGUUGUGGAUCCAACCAUCAAGUUUGAACAGCAGCCAUGGUACAUUGAUGACACAGGGGGAACUUUGCACCCAUACCAACUGGAAGGCCUGAACUGGUUGCGAUUCUCUUGGGCCCAAGGAACCGACACAAUCUUGGCUGAUGAAAUGGGGCUUGGCAAGACUGUGCAGACUAUAGUGUUCCUGUACUCACUCUACAAAGAGGGUCACUCCAAAGGGCCCUUUCUGGUCAGUGCGCCACUCUCCACCAUCAUCAACUGGGAGAGAGAGUUUGAGAUGUGGGCUCCGAAUUUCUACGUUGUGACUUACAUAGGGGACAAAGACAGCAGGGCUGUCAUACGUGAGAAUGAAUUUACCUUCGAGGACAGCACCGUCAAAUCAGGUCGUAAGGUUUUCCGCAUGAAGAAGGACGCACCGAUAAAGUUUCAUGUCCUGCUGACGUCAUAUGAACUGAUCACCAUUGAUCAGGCAAUGCUUGGCUCCAUUACCUGGGCCUGUUUGGUUGUGGAUGAAGCCCACCGACUGAAGAAUAACCAGUCAAAGUUUUUCAGAAUUCUGAAUGGCUACAAAAUCUACUAUAAGCUGCUCCUGACAGGAACCCCUUUGCAGAACAAUCUCGAAGAGCUUUUUCACCUGCUCAACUUUCUCACCCCAGAGCGCUUCAAUAACCUGGAGGGCUUUCUGGAGGAGUUUGCGGACAUCUCGAAAGAGGACCAGAUUAAGAAACUACACGACCUGCUGGGGCCACACAUGCUCAGGAGACUGAAGGCAGAUGUGUUUAAAAACAUGCCGUCAAAAACUGAGCUUAUAGUGCGAGUAGAGCUCAGCCCAAUGCAGAAGAAAUACUACAAGUUCAUUUUAACACGGAACUUUGAGGCAUUGAAUUCCAAGGGAGGAGGGAACCAGGUGUCUCUUCUUAACAUCAUGAUGGACUUGAAGAAAUGCUGCAACCAUCCCUACCUGUUUCCAGUGGCUGCAAUGGAAGCUCCAGUCUUACCCAAUGGUUCUUAUGAUGGCAACCUCCUGGUGAAAUCCUCAGGAAAACUCACCCUGCUUCAGAAGAUGCUCAAAAAACUGAAAGAUGAAGGGCACAGGGUUCUCAUCUUCUCUCAGAUGACAAAGAUGCUAGAUCUGCUAGAGGACUUCCUGGAGUUUGAGGGAUAUAAAUACGAGCGUAUUGAUGGGAGCAUCACAGGGGGGCUGCGACAGGAGGCCAUCGAUCGCUUUAACGCACCCGGGGCUCAGCAGUUCUGUUUUCUGCUGUCUACACGUGCUGGAGGAUUGGGUAUUAAUCUGGCAACUGCAGAUACUGUGAUCAUAUAUGACUCUGACUGGAACCCACACAAUGAUAUUCAGGCCUUUAGCAGGGCACAUCGUAUCGGGCAAAAUAAAAAGGUGAUGAUCUAUCGCUUUGUAACUCGGGCAUCCGUAGAGGAGCGUAUUACCCAGGUAGCCAAGCGAAAGAUGAUGUUAACCCAUCUGGUGGUGCGUCCCGGCUUGGGCUCUAAGACGGGCUCCAUGUCCAAACAGGAACUAGACGACAUCCUCAAGUUUGGCACUGAGGAGCUUUUUAAAGAUGACGUGGAAGCUGCCAAAGCGAUGGCAGGAGAUAAUAAAGAAGGAGAUGAGGGCAGUGUGAUCCACUACGAUGAUAACGCCAUUUCCAAACUGCUGGACCGUAGCCAGGAUGCCACCGAAGACACAGAGAUCCAGAACAUGAACGAGUACCUGAGCUCAUUCAAGGUGGCUCAGUAUGUUGUGAGAGAGGAGGACGGAGAGGAAGAGGUCCAGAGGGAGAUUAUUAAGCAGGAAGAGAAUGUUGAUCCAGACUACUGGGAGAAGCUCUUGAGGCACCAUUACGAGCAGCAGCAGGAGAAUUUAGCCCGGAACCUGGGCAAAGGGAAACGCAUCCGCAAACAGGUCAACUAUAAUGACGCCUCUCAGGAGGACCAAGAGUGGCACGAUGAUCUUUCAGAUAAUCAAUCUGAGUACUCCGUCGGGUCCGAGGAUGAGGAUGAAGAUUUUGAGGAACGUCCUGAAGGAGGACGCAGACAAUCUCGCAGACAGUUGAAGAGCGAUCGGGACAAACCAUUGCCACCGCUGCUGGCUAGAGUUAGUGGAAACAUAGAGGUUUUGGGAUUUAACGCCCGGCAGCGGAAAGCCUUCCUGAAUGCGAUUAUGCGCUGGGGUAUGCCCCCACAAGAUGCCUUCAACUCUCACUGGCUGGUCCGUGACCUGAGAGGGAAAAGUGAGAAGGAGUUCAGGGCUUAUGUAUCUCUGUUCAUGAGGCACCUGUGUGAGCCAGGGGCAGAUGGAGCAGAGACAUUUGCAGAUGGAGUCCCGAGGGAAGGCCUAUCCCGCCAACAUGUUCUCACCCGGAUUGGUGUCAUGUCUCUGGUCCGCAAGAAGGUUCAGGAGUUUGAGCAUGUGAAUGGGAAGUUUAGUACACCAGAUUUGAUUCCUGUGGGAUUGGAGCUGAAAAAACUUACUGAAAGUGUCUCAUCGGACCCCAAUACGCCUGUUCCUGCCAGUCCGGUUCCGACUCAACCCAGCACACCUGUUCCUUCAGAAAAGACAGGGUCAGUGUCCGGUUCUCAAGAAGACAAGGAGAUUACAGAACCAGGGAGUACCAAAUCGCUGGACCCUGAGCAGCCAGUUAUGCCAGAACCCUCCACUGUACCAGAGAAAACUAACGAGGGAGAAGAACCAAAAAGUGGAAGUCCAGAAGGAAAAGGAAUGGAAGAGAGCGAGAAGAAUGACACCCCAAUUGUCCAUUCAGAGCCAUCGCCGCUUAAUAAACCUAGUGAGCAGUCAGCCAAUCAGACACCUUUAGACUGUGGUAAAGGGAAAGAAACUUCUCCGGAGAGAGGGGAAAAUAAACCCAGCCCAGCAAAAAUAGAUGAUAAGGAGCAAAAACCAGUUUUUGCAGCCAUUCCUGAUGAUUUAAAAUCUGAAGACCCCCCUGAGAACCAACUGAAUGGAGAGAAAGACACGAGGGACGACGUGGAUGAGAGCCACAGAGAUGACAAGAACAGCAUCAAGACUCGUUUCAUGUUUAACAUCGCAGAUGGAGGAUUCACAGAAUUACACACGCUAUGGCAGAACGAGGAACGCGCAGCUGUGUCAUCUGGCAAAAUGUACGACAUCUGGCACCGUCGCCAUGACUACUGGCUGCUAGCUGGCAUCGUAACACAUGGCUAUGCCCGCUGGCAGGACAUUCAGAACGACCCACGGUACACCAUCCUCAAUGAGCCUUUCAAGACUGAAAUGCACAAAGGGAACUACUUAGAAAUGAAGAAUAAAUUUCUUGCCAGACGUUUUAAGCUCCUGGAACAGGCUUUGGUAAUUGAGGAGCAGCUUCGGCGCGCGGCAUACCUGAAUAUGACUCAGGAUCCCAGUCACCCCACCAUGGCCCUCAACACACGUUUCACAGAGGUGGAGUGCCUGGCUGAGUCCCAUCAGCACCUCUCCAAAGAGUCACUGGCUGGUAACAAGCCAGCCAAUGCUGUGCUGCACAAAGUGUUGAAUCAGCUGGAGGAGCUGUUAAGCGAUAUGAAGGCUGAUGUGACGCGGUUGCCCUCCAUGCUUUCGCGGGUCCCACCCGUGUCCGCCCGGCUCCAGAUGUCAGAGCGGGGCAUCCUCAGCAGACUCACCAGCCGGGGCAACGAGCCGCCACCUCAGCAGCCUUUCCCUCAGGGCUCUUUCGGCUGUUCUCAGAUGUAUAAUAGCGGUUUUGCCGGAGGGUUCCGUGGACCUGGAGGCACUGCGAUGGUGAACUACAGCCAGAUGCCCCUGGGGCCGUACGUCAGCGUGUCCUCAAACGGACCUCCGACCCCAACCAGCCACCUAGAGAAGAAGUCCAGUGAUGCUCUGCGAGAUGUGACCACACCUGAUUUGAAAUCAGGCAAACCUAGCGAUGUUAUAUGCAUUGAGGACUAGCACGCAGCCAUUCCGUACUCUUUCUGUACAAUACCUAUGGACAAAACUGUGGAGAACUCCUCCAAACUAUGAAUAUUGAACAGCAAACCUUAUCAGUUGUACUUUUGUCUUUCAGAAUCUGUACUUGUACGCGCCUGUAUGUUUUAUUCAGCAGAGUUCAGUUCUCUUUUAUUCUUUUUCAACUUCUGCGAUACGAAAGUCUUGAUCGAUUAACGAGACUAAGGACGCUAUUAAAGAGGGCACCGUUGUUCUCACAGUCCUCUGAGGUUUUUUUUUAAUUAUUAUUAGAAUUAUUAUUUUUACAUCAUGGCUUAUUUUUCUUGGCCAUGAAGGACAUUUUCAUCUCUGCUAACGUUGAGCCAUCUGGAGGUGCAACUAGUUUCUGGCCAGUUCAAGGACCGGACGUCCCACCUCUACAGCCUGUGCUUUGCUCCUGGCUCUGCUCAUGGAUUCUGUAUUGUUGCUGCCCCUGCAGGUUAUUGCUGUGUAGUGCAUCUAAAGACAGAAUUGUGCAAUGACUGUCAUUUUCUCUGGAAAACUUAAGAUGAUUUUACAGUACGUCACCACUAAUGUUUGCUUUUUGAAUUAUACUGGAUUGUUUUUUAAGUUUACAUUCCUCUUUAAAGAGAAAAAGAGAGUUGACCAUGAAGGUUAAAAAGGUGCUCUCAGUAAUUUUUUCAUUUGUAAAAAUUUAGAAAAAAGAGUGUACACUUAAAAUUAUCAGUAUACUAAGAAAAAGCUUAUUCACAUGGAGUUGAACUGCCUCGCGUUAGAUCACAUGACCUACUAAAUAAUACUCACAAAGAUUGCACCUUGAAAGGAUAGAGCAGUAUUAAAUCAAUGGCAAAUGAAAUGUUUCAUAAACUAUGAGCUGAUAGUUUGAAAAUCUUGAAAAAAAUUAACACAACUUUAAUGGAAUGUUUCAUUUUAAAUGCAACAUGAACACUAUUCAAAUCAUCUGGCAAGCUGUUGAAUACUUCAAAAAUAUUUUGAUAUGUCCCUUGGUUUGUAAAAACAAAACAAAAUAAUUUCAAGAAAUUCAUUUGCAAUGGAAAUAUAUGGGAUAAUUAUACAGACUUUUAACAUGGAGCAAACUCUGCCCACAAUUCCAUAAGCCUGGGAAUUUUGAAAUUAUAUUCUAUUAUUCUAUUAUUGUUGUGUACCUUUAUUAUAUUAUAUUCAUGCAAUCAACAGCAUGUCUGGAAUAUUUCUGUUUUUAAUUUCUGAAUUAUGUUCCACAGGGAGAUUUGUGCAUUGUUUCGACCAUGUUCUUGAAUUCCUCACAUUCAGAUGCUUUUAAUUUUUAAACUUAAUUCUCCCCAUUUUGUAUUAUUAAUAUCAUAUCCUUUUAUUGUCCGAUGCAUUUUGCUUGACAUUUUGUGAAUUGCUGAAAACUUGGACCCUAAGUGCGUUGGUUUUACUAGGCCAAGCUUAUGGAUAGUAUUGACAUGAUUGUUCUGGUGCCAUACGUGGUGUGGAUAUGAAUUGUUUUUGUUUCAAUUUGAAAUAAUAUGCCUUGUGUAACUGUUUUUAAGCAGCGCACUUUAUAUGGAGAUCAGAUGUUUCCAUAGAGACGGCAUCUCCUAUGGGCCAUUUCAAACGCAGUAGAAACCUCUUUAAAUAACUUGUAUACUCAGUUUCAGUCUGUGGUAUGUCAUGUUAAUUAAUGUAGACAAAGUAUUUUGUUUGUUUUCUGCAUCUCAGCAUCAAUGUAAAUGGCACUGAAGUGUCAUGGCUGACCGUAAACGUGAUCAUAGCUUCUUUUGCAGUAGUUUUAACUUAAGGGGUUCAAGAUGAUGAUCAUUUAUGUGUAAACUAUGAAUGUGGAAAAAAUGCAGUUAAAUGUUCACACGCACACUUGCGCUAGAAAAAACUCAUGAUUUCAAUGAAACACAAAGACAGCCUCAAGAGUCAAGGGAUCUUAAAUCCAAGGUUAUAAAGAGAGUGUCGGCAGCAUAAAAUGUGUUGUGAAAUUAAGUUUUGUUUUAAUCCUGUGUGAUGAGUUUACACCAUUUCAUUUGUACUUUUUAUCACUGUAUUGAUACUGACAUUAAGCUCCAUUUAAAGGCAAUCAAACUGAAGCCAAAAUGAAUGUAUGAAGUAAUUAAAAAGCUUCAGUCUAAUAUUAGAAGUCUUUUCAGUCAAGUACACUAGGCUUCAAAAGCUACCAAAAGACCCUGGUCAAGACACCUUUGUUGCAACGAACGCAUAACAUGUGAGAUGUCUUUAGAUUACUUUUGACCAGAGGGAUCUUUGUCCUGGUCUCUAAACAGCUGUGGGAGAAAACAAAAGAAAAAAACAGUAUUGUUAUUCUACAGUGAUAAGAAUAUCAAAAACAGAUAAAUGAACUACCGUCAUUGUACUCAGUGUAUUUCAGGGCUGUCCAAACUCGGUCCUGGAGGGCCGGUGUCCUGCAGAGUUUAGCUCCA